AUGACUGAGUAUCGGAGGGGCAAGCGUCCGGGUUCACCAGACAAUUCCCAAGACCGCAACAAGAGACAGCGGAUUGGGAUCGGAGGUGUUGUAGCAGCGCAUUACAACAAUAUUCAAGAAAAGUCCAUCGAGGAUCGGUUCCAGAGCUCCAUAAUCCACAUGCGCAGCUUCAACAAUUGGAUCAAGUCGAUGCUCAUCAGUAGUGUGUCAGACAUGGUACGUGGUGGGAUGUGGGAUGCACAAGAGCCUCUGACGGUGUUGGACAUCGGUGUCGGGAAAGGUGGGGACUUGGGCAAAUGGAGCAAGCACGGAAUCAAGCAUUUGAUUGGUUUUGACAUUGCGAGUGAAUCGUUGGCAUGUUGCAAAUCGCGUUUUCAGGACAUGCAACGUAACUCGAGACGUUUCAACGGACCUCCGUUCACUGCCGAAUUUUACGAGGCUGACUUUACCCGCGACAGGCUGAAGGACAUGAUUAAUCCCGGGAAUAUCCCGGUGGACAUUGUCAGCUGUCAAUUCAGUUUUCAUUACUGUUUCGAAUCUUUCGCCCAAGCUGACCACACGCUGGCGAAUGUUUCCGAGUGUCUCAAGGAUGGUGGUUACUUCAUGCUCACGUUUCCGGACGCCUAUAAUAUUGUGCAUCGUUGGAAAGCAGCUGGGGGGAACGAGUUUGGGAACAGAAUUUGUAAAGUCAACUUUGGCCAGCCCCCGUGCCAGCUACCGUUGUUCGGUGCAAAAUACAGGUUUUCUCUGGAGGGAGUUGUGGAUUGUCCGGAAUUCUUAGUCUACUUUCCUGCUUUGGUAGAGAUCGCGAAGCGAAAUGGUCUGACUCUUGUGUAUCGCAAAACGUUCAAGGAGUUGUUUGAUGAGCAUUCCAGCACGUCGGCUGGUCGAGGCUUGCUUGGCAGAAUGCAAGCCCUGGAAACGUAUCCCAGUGGUGAAAGGAAUCAGAGGAAUCUUGAAAGCAUCGGCGAAUACGAACACGCCAAGCGAUUCGUUGCCAAUUUGACCAAAGAGUCUGGCGGAGGUGAUCGGGACAUCAGGGUUGGCACUCUAAGCAAAUCCGAAUGGGAAGCUGCUUCUCUAUACACGGCGGCUGUGUUCAAAAAACCGACAAUGGCUGACAGAGCGGUUUUGAGCAUUGAAGACGACGACUGAAAUUUCGUUCGAGGCUGUGAAAUUUUAUCUUCUCGUUGAUUAAUUUUGUUGUCUUGUGUCUAUUGAAAAUGCAUUAUUAGACGCGAAAA